AGCCACCACCCUCCAAAACCACUGGAAAAGAAAAACAGAGAAAGAUCUUAACAAUUCAAGCUCUUCAUCAAAUGGACAGGAUUGCAGUCGUGACCGGUGCGAAUAAAGGGAUUGGAUUCGAGAUAUGUAAGCAACUAGCUUCAAAUGGAGUCUUUGUUGUAUUAACUGCCAGAGAUGUGAAUAAAGGAGAUGAUGCUAUCGAGAAGCUUGCGAGUAUUGGGAUCUCCAACGUGGUCUUUCAUCCUCUUGACGUGGUCGAUGGGACGAGUGUCUAUUCUCUGGCGGAUUUCAUCAAGGCCCGGUUCGGAAAACUCGAUAUCUUGGUGAAUAAUGCAGGCGUAACCGGAGUUACAGUCAUGAAAAAAGACUUGGUUUUGACGGUAGAUAAAAUUAAAGGUCCAAACGCCAGAUCAACGAAAGAGUUCAUUGAGGAGACGUAUGAAUUAGCAGAAAAAUGUCUGAGGACUAACUACUAUGGAGUCAAACAAGUAACGCUGCUCUUCUACCUCUUCUUCAGCAAUCGAAUUCAGCAAGAGUGAUCAAUGUCUCCUCUUCCGUUGGCAAG